AACUGAACUGAACAGCGAACACCAAUCCAUCAAAGAUGAAGACUGCAGUGGCUCUGCUGACUUCAUGCCACCUCUACCUGGGUGUGGCUCAGGUCUUCAGGUCUCCAGCCUCAUCCGAGCUUCUCCCUGUGGCCAGAAACGAAGACUUCUGGAGGCCAAAAUAAAAAAUGCAGAAAAACAGUUAGCGGAGCUGAAGCAAGCGACCACCGGUAUCUUCACUGCUCCAGUCAAAGGAGCUUAUUACUUCAGCUUCUCUGGUCAUAAUUUAUCAUCUAGACCAAUGGGGCUGCGACUAAUGAAGAACGGAGAACAAAUGGUCACUGUGUUCAACCAUCGAGCUGGAAAUCGCUAUGAGACGACAACCAAUGGCAUGACUCUCAAUCUUAAUGUGGGAGACCAGGUGUACAUGAGACUCCAGGCAAACACCUGGAUUUAUGACAAUGGUGAGACGUGAGGGGAGCAGGUGAGACGUGAGGAGCAGGUGAGACGUGAGGAGCAGGUGAGACGUGAGGAGCAGGUGUGGACCAUCACUGGGGCAAGAGACACAAAAGACGAAAAACCACAAAGUAAAACAGGAAAUCACAAAUUCAAGAUACAAAGGAUAUAAAGGUAACUUAACUAAAACCAAGACAAGGAAACAGGAAACAACAACAAGGGACAAAGAAACCAACACAACAGAUACAGGAGGAAUGACAAUCAAACAAAAGCCCAUGAGGGCAGAAUCAUGACACAUUUGAAGAGCCGUGAAGAGCUUGUCAAAACAAUUCCAUCAUAUUCACAAGCUGACUCACAUCAUCCAUUAAAGUGUCCACAGCUCA